UCAAUUGUUCACUUUAACUAUAAACUUCUAUUUCAUCUCAAACUGCGUUCAUCUAGUCCAACGAAAUGCCAGUCCAAUUGUACCACGAUAAUCUUUCUCCUACAGCGCGAAUGGUUCGAAUCGUUGCCAAGCAUAUUGGUUUCAGUUUCGAAGAAAAAGAAAUCGAUUUAUUGUCUGGUGCACAUAUGAAGCCAGAGUUCCUUACCAUAAACCCAUUCCAUUGUGUUCCUACUCUGGUCGAUGAUGGAUUUGCUCUUUGGAAAAGUCGAUCCACAUGUAAAUGUAUAUGUUUAGCAGAUUUACUCAAAUCAUAAGGAUAAUAACAUCACGAU